CUGCCUCAGCUUCACCACGCCCAGAACCUAUUGUGGAUGAACCCGGGUGGGAAGAACGAGGCAGGAUCCAGGCUGCGCUGACUGACCCUUGCGAGUAUUCGGGGAUCUGCUCAGCCCAGACAGGCAAUGCUAUGGUGAGGCGUCUGAGCGAUGACGGAUGUGGAGGCGACUUACGAGGACUUCAUCGCCUCCCGGCGAUCCGGCCGCAGGAACGCCGUCCAUGAGAUCCCAGGAAGCCCGGGAGCGCAGGGGGGCGCUGACCUGUCCCAGACUCUGGCACAGCUUAAUAUCAACAAGUCUGGCGACGAGGAAGAGGACGGCGAGAAAGGCCAGGACUCUUCAGCGAAAGAAGAGGAGGCUGAAGCUGAAGGCUCCUAAGGUGAACGGGGCACCAUGCACGGACCUGAGGGCCCCGGUGGGAUCCCAGAAGACUCCGGCUUUCCACUCACGGUUUUGCAUCGAGCGAGAAACUCAUUAAAAAACCUCUACUGCCGUCAUCCCACCAGUGUCGCUCACACUGCAGUCCACUCACCUUUACGUCGACGUGUACGUUAAAAGUAACGCAGGUUUUUUUUGCUGCGUUUGUUUUGCGGGUGGUGAAAUAAGGUUGGAUUUGCUGUUUUCUGUGAGCGUGGCAGGAUCUAACUAACUAAACCCGGUCUGUACCGUUAUUAGCCCCGAGUGUAAAUGAAGGAAGGGGAUAGAGACCAAAAUAAGAUUAAAAAAAAGGUCCUUUUUAAGGAUUUUUUUUUUUUUUCGAGGUAAGCUCAUGUCAAGAGUUUCUACAAAGUUUAAGCUCGGCUCCGAUUGUUCUGCCUCGACUCAACCAGCGCUCAUGUAUCGGAAACACUCCCAGGAAAAUGUGACCAAGGUCUAAACACACUGCGACCCCUGGAACCCCUACACCCAUGCUCCCUGUCGCUAUGCUAGCCCAUCCUUGCCCUCAGUAGAUUUUCUGCAUGUGUUUUUUUUUUUUUUUUUCCCCCACUCUGCCAUGAAUCUAGUUUAGUGACUUAAUUGGCUUUGUUGACUUUCUCUUUUGCUGUCCGCCUUUUGGGAAUCUCAGAUGCAGCUGGUGCAAAUGAUGAUUAGGUAAGCAAUCUACAUCUGCGCGGCUUCUGAGGCGACGUGCAGAUUAGUCCUGCUGUCAUUUUUAUUUACAGAUACUUUUUCUCCACAAUCUGCACAUGAUCUUAUACCAUGUGAAGGAUUUUGCAAUGUAGCUAGCCUACUCCAACCAUCAUUUACAGAUGGAAUAUUGUUUGCACAACUCCUGAAUUGUUAAUAUUUUUGAUAUUAUUUGCACAAUUCAAUCUGGAAGAUGAAAUACUUCUCGAGUACACAUCUGCACUAAGUUUUUUUUUUUUUUUUUUUUUUCUUUUAACAACAGUAUCAUGCCUAUCGCUGUCUGUUUAGAACAAAUGUCCCUCUAAAAUCCUCACCCUCCACAUUCCUGGUCUCCCUACAAUAACACACUGCCAUAAAUGAUGUCAGAACAGCUGUUUGUGUGUGUUAGCUUGUUGAAAAUGUAACUUGUUUAGCCCCAAGAGAAUAACAGGUGUUUGCUGCUGGAUAUUGGAAACUGCACUACUGACGCCACUCAAAUCUGAUCGUGGGUGGAUCAUCAUUCUGGCAUUUACUUUUGAUGGGACGACUGUUGAGCUUGAACACUCUGCUUAUUAACCUUUUUUAUAAUAAAAGAAGAAGCAGAACUUUAACACUAUCAAUGCAUUUUGCCUUGUUUAACUAAACCAAAAAAAAAUGUGAAGAUGCACUCUGAAAAAUGGCUUUGUUAAAUUCACUGGUAUUGCGGUAUCUGAUCAUUUUUCCAUGUCUGAGAUUUAAAGGCAUUAUUCGUAAUAUUUGUGGAUAAGAAAAAAUCUUUGUACAGCAGCUCAGGUACAGUGUGUUUUGAUGACCAUAUAACUGUUGCCAUGUUGGUGUCGCGAUGGCACCCAUGUUGAAUUUUCUAUUUCGGUACCUUCAAGAACUUUGGGCACACCACGGGUGAUUCAUGCCACUGUUUUUGGAAAUGUUUUCCGUUUUAUUGACACCAGCUUUGAUACUUUUUAAGUUAUGAUGUGUGAUUUGCAAUGACUGGAUGAGAAGUCGGGGCGUGCAGAAACAGCAUGGUCACUGCUUCCCUCUGGUGGUCGACCAGACCUGAUAUUCAAUAAUAAAGAGCCGUUUGAC